AUGAUCUUCGAAUUGAUAUUGAUUGCUGUAGCGCUUUUUGCAUACUUUAAAAUCGCGAAACCAUACUUUAGCUAUCUUAAAUAUAGAAAAUAUGGGAAAGGAUUUUACUAUCCUAUCUUAGGAGAAAUGAUUGAGCAAGAACAAGAUCUAAAGUAACAUGCUGAUGCUGAUUAUUCUGUUCAUCAUGCUUUAGAUAAAGAUCCAGAUUAAAAAUUGUUUGUAACAAAUUUAGGAACAAAAGUCAAAUUAAGAUUAAUUGAACCUGAAAUAAUUAAGGAUUUCUUCUCAAAAUCUCAGUACUAUUAGAAGGAUUAAACUUUUAUAUAAAAUAUAACAAGAUUUCUUAAAAAUGGAAUUGUUUUCUCUGAAGGGAAUACUUGGAAAGAGAGUAGAAAGCUUUUUUCUCCUGCUUUUCAUUAUGAAUACAUUUAAAAGCUAACACCUCUCAUCAACGAUAUUACUGAUACAAUUUUUAACUUAGCAGUUAAAAACUAAGAAUUAAAGAACUUUGAUCCUAUUGCUUAAAUAUAAGAAAUAACUGGAAGAGUGAUUAUUGCCUCAUUCUUUGGAGAAGUAAUAGAGGGAGAAAAGUUUUAAGGCCUUACAAUUAUUUAAUGUUUGUCUCAUAUUAUUAACACUCUUGGCAACCAAACAUAUUCAAUUAUGUAUUUCUUGUUUGGUUCUAAAUAUUUCGAAUUAGGGGUUACUGAAGAACAUAGAAAAUUCAAUAAAUUUAUUGCAGAAUUUAAUAAGUAUCUUUUGCAAAAGAUAGAUUAACAAAUUGAAAUUAUGUCAAAUGAGUUGUAAACAAAAGGAUAUAUUUAAAAUCCUUGCAUUUUAGCUUAACUAAUUUCAACACAUAAAAUUGAUGAAAUCACCAGAAAUUAGCUAUUUUAAGACUUUAAGACAUUUUAUAUAGCUGGUAUGGAUACUACUGGACAUCUUUUAGGAAUGACUAUUUAUUAUGUAUCUUAAAAUAAAGAUAUAUAUACCAAAUUAUAAAGUGAAAUAGAUAGUAACACAGAUUAAUCUGCUCAUGGAUUAAUUAAAAAUUUACCAUAUUUAAAUGCUGUGAUCAAAGAAACUCUUAGAUAUUAUGGUCCUGGAAAUAUUUUAUUUGAUAGAAUAGCUAUUAAAGAUCAUGAGCUUGCUGGAAUUCCUAUAAAAAAAGGCACAAUCGUUACUCCUUAUGCAAUGAGUAUGUAAAGAAAUUCUAAGUACUAUCAAGACCCUCACAAAUAUAAUCCUUCAAGAUGGUUAGAAAAAUAAUCAAGUGAUUUGCAUCCCGAUGCUAAUAUUCCAUUUAGUGCUGGUCAAAGAAAAUGUAUUGGAGAAUAGCUUGCGCUAUUAGAAGCAAGAAUAAUUUUGAAUAAAUUCAUCAAAAUGUUUGAUUUCACAUGUCCUCAAGAUUAUAAAUUAAUGAUGAACUACAAAUUUUUAAGUGAGCCAGUAAAUCCUCUGCCCUUAUAACUAACCUUAAGAAAAUAAUGA